AUGAGCUCCUCAUCAGCAACACAACGACUAUUAUUAUCAUUAAAACGAAAGGAAAAAAGCAGCGGCACUGAUAUUAAUAGCAAUGAACCCACCCCCAAAGCAGCACGAAAAGAUGAAGGCCCUCCAGCAAAGGAUGGAAAUGCAGAGCUGAAGUGGCGUGGUGAUCCAGACAAGACCUACAGUGACUGGAAGAUUGAAGUUGUACGCAGUGAUGAUCUGAAGGAGGAUGGCAGUGAGCUCAAGGUGGUCACAUACCAUGUCCACAAGGCAACUCUUGCCUGUGGCGAUCGAAAGAGUGAAUAUUUUGAUCGACUCUUCCAGAAUGGUGACAAAUUUCCAGAAGGACAACAAUCGACAAGCCGUAUUGAACUGCACCUGAUGGCUGCCAAGGCAUUUCCUGACAUGCUUGACUACUUGUACGACCACAGCAAGGAACUGAACAUCAGCACAGGAACAGCUGCAUCUCUGUAUCAUCUUGGGGAGUACUUUGAAAUCCACCAGCUGAAAUGUGAUGCUCUGGAAUUUAUCAAGAAAGCUCCACUGACAAUCUACGACGUCAUUGUUGAACAUGCCAUGAAAUUCCACAAUGAUACCAUUAUCGAAGCUAUUGGGGAGGUUUUGAGUCAGAAAAUUGAGGACAUUGAUCCAGAUGGUGACAUUGUGACGGAUGUCUUCUCCCCCCCUUUGUGGUUGCACAUCUCAAGGUUUAUGGAUAAGGGAGAUGAAAUUGAUGGGAAGCAGUUGAGCUACCUCAUAGCUCAAUUUGUGAAAUGGCACAAAAAUUCCUUGGACACUGCCACAUUUGAAGAGCUUACCAGUGAGAAAAACAUGCCCUUCCUUGAAGAAGGCUCGAGUCUGCUUUUUUUGGAGGUGGAAGAAUUCCUCCGCAAGAAGGGUGGCAACGAUGUUGUUGCUGAAGGGACUCUGUUGGCUAAGCGUUGUGCCAAGGCUAUUGCUGCAGGUGACUUUGAAUAUAAUGGCAACAGUCAAAAGGAGUCCUUGUGGAGAAUACUCAACACACACCCUGCUAUGCUAAAGGAAGUUUUCUUUGAAAGCAACAAAAACUUUCUCAAGUGUAAGAGGGAACUGAAAAAGUACCAGCGAGAGCCCAAGCGCAGAAGUCAGCUAUCAGCUGCACUUGACGUCAAGCUAAGCAGAAGCUACCGACAGGGAAAACAGCUUCCACCAAAAUUUCGUUAG